AUGAUGACUAGUCUUAACUUCGAUGCCCAAGAUGGUAAAGAUGCUCUGUGUGUCGAAAGGAUUUUGAGAAGCUUUUCGGAUGCACCACCGACUCAUUACACAGUAAAAAUACAGUCCCUUUCAUUGCUGGCCAAAAAUUCUUUGGAGAAAUAUGAAUCAGGGGACUUUGAAGCUGGAGGGAAACUGGUUUUCUAUCCAAAUGGAAACAAGAGCAGGAAUGUGAAAGAUCACAUCUCUCUCUACUUGGUAAUGUCUGGUGCAAAUGCUACCCAGAUUUCUCGGGAAGUGUAUGCUGUUUUCAGGUUGUUUUUACUUGAUCAGAAUAAGGGCAACUACUUGGUUCUUCAAGAACAAAAUGAAAGGCGCUUCCAUGGGAUGAAGCUCGAUUGGGGAUUUGAUCAGUUCCUCUCUCAGAAAGUUUUUACUGAAGCUUCCAAUGGAUUUCUCUUAGAUGACACCAGUGUGUUUGGAGCAGAGAUCUUUGUUUGUAAAGAGAGAAGUACAUGCAAAGGAGAGUAUCUAUCAAUGGUAAAAGAUGCCGUGAUGUACAAGCAUGUUUGGAAAAUUGACAACUUCUCGAAGUUAGAUGCGGAAUUCUAUGACUCAAAAACGUUCAUUUCUGGAGACCAGAAAUGGAAGAUUCAACUCUAUCCCAAGGGAAAAGGCAAUGGAAUUGGUACUCAUCUUUCUCUUUAUUUGGCAUUGGCUGAUCCGAAAUCUCUUCCUCCAGGCUCUAAAAUCUAUGCAGAUAUUACGCUACGGAUCCUGGACCAAGUGAAUGCAAGGCAUCAGUUUGGUAAAGGCAACUUCUGGUUCAGCGCCUCAAAUCCGGAGUGGGGUUGGUGGAGAUUCAUAACGCUGGGAUUUCUCAGCCAAGCAGGCAUGGGGUUUUUGUCGAAGGAUACUUGCAUCGUGGAAGCAGAGCACCUUCAAAGUUCCACAGUCGUCAAGUUUACUACCAUGAGCAUGAAUAACCUUAACUUCGAUGACCAAUACGGGAUUUUGAGAACAUUUUCUGAUUCAAUGCCAACUCAUUACACGUUCAAAAUACAGUCGUUUUCAUUGAUGUCCAAACAUUCACUGGAGAGAUAUGAAUCGGAGGACUUUGAAGCUGGAGGAUACAAAUGGAAACUGGCUUUUUAUCCAAAUGGAAACAAGAGCAAGAAUGUGAAAGAGCACAUCUCUCUUUACUUAGUAUUGGCUGGAGCAAAUGGCCCCCAGACCUGUUGGGAAGUGUAUGCUGCUUUCAGGUUGUUUCUACUUGAUCAGAACAAUGGCAAGUACUUGGCUCUUCAAGAACAAAAGGAAAGGUGCUUCCAUGGGAUUAAGCUUGACUGGGGAUUUGAUCAAUUUCUCUCUCAAAAAGAUUUCACUGAUGCUUCCAAUGGAUUUCUUGUGGAUGACGCCUGUGUGUUUGGAGCAGAGGUCUUUGUUCGGAAAGAAAGAAGCACAUGCAAAGGAGAGUGCCUAUCAAUGAUCAAGGAUGCCGUUAUGUACAAGCAUGUUUGGAAAAUUGAAAACUUGUCGAAGUUAGAUGAGGAGAGCUACGACUCAGAAACAUUCAUCGCUGGAGACCAGAAAUGGAAAAUAGAGUUCUAUCCCAAGGGAAGAGACGAUGGGAAGGAUAGCCAUCUUUCUAUUGAUUUGGCAUUGGCUGAUCCCACAUCUCUGUCUCCUACCUCUAAAUUAUAUGCACAGUUUACCCUUCGCCUCGUAGAUCCAGUGUACAGCCACCGUCACUUUGAAUAUGGUACUAAAGCUACUUGGUGGUUCAGUGCCUCCAGUCCGAAGCGGGGCUGGCCGAAAUUCAUUACACUGGGAAUUUUCGGUGAUGAGAGCGUGGGGUAUUUGGAGAAUGAUAGUACCAUCCUAGAGGCAGAGGUCACUGUGCUUGGAACUGCUAUUGCGCUAGACUAA